CAUCGUUGUGCCAGUAUAGAAUUACUUUAAUCAAAAAAGCCAAAUAAAAGUUAAGAAUUUAAAUACAGACUAUACACUCAAGUGUUAAGAAAAUGGUACACAAAACGAUCUUGAACUUAAACCAUUUUUGUUAUUAUGAGUUAUUUAAACAAAUGAAAAUCAGCUGUGAAACAUCAAGUACAGCCCGUACACUCGCAGAAAUUAUAUACAAAGAUUUAAUUAAUUUCAUCGCUUGCCGCAGACAGUUUCGAGAUCUGUUCUAUGAGUGGGAUAAGGAUUUUUAUAAAAGUUUAUUUUUACUUUAUCUGAGCUGUACAAGUGACAUAAAAAUCGACUUUGCCGAAAUGUACACACGUCUACAAAAUAUCCCCGCAAAGGAAAAGGAUGCCUAUUGGAAAUCCGUUAGUUUUGCUAUUGAACAGAAUGAAAACCUGACCAGUGUCGAGUUGCGAUAUACACCACAGAAUUACAACUGUGAACACAUUGAGGUGUUUCAACUCGUAAUAAAUCAGCUGAAGAGGAAAAAACGUUUAAGUGUAUUGAAAAUGCAUAUUUCUGGUUACACUGUUGAAGACCUUGCGGGAUUUGGAAAUCUCAAAACGCUAUUCCUGGAUGCUCGAGUAAAUUUGGAUGAGUUGAGCAGAUGCUGCAGCAAUAACCCCAACUUAUGGGAUCUUACAGUCCUUAAUGGCGAAUCGGCGGGACGUCGCUUGGCCGAGAUCACACCGCAUUGCAGCCAAGUUAGCAGGUUUAAGUUCAAUAUGAAUACGGAUGGUGAUGCCACAAAAUACGCUCCAUUGGCCAAAAUGACCAGCCUCGAAGAGUUGAAAAUUGGUGGAGUGCAUAUGCAGGGAACGUUGCAGACACUUUUUAGAGCAUUCUCCAGAAAGACUACCAAGCUUCUCAGAAAAUUAUCCAUAGAGGAUGCUUUCAUAGACUUUGAGGAGACCAAGGCCUUGUCCCAGAUUAGAUCGUUAAACGAACUAAGAUGUGGGUUUCUGGAUUCUCAAGAUAUUGAACAUAAGUCUUACCUGAACUUAAAACCCUUUUCCCAACUGAAUUACCUGAACGUUCUAGAGGUACUUUCAAAACACGAUAACAGAAGUAUCUCAGAGCAAAUUUUCAGCAUAUUAAAGCAGUCUCAGGGAAAGAUGGAAAUACUUUUGACAGACUGUUUAAUAAAUUGGGAUCCCAAGGGUAAUCUGCAACUUUUUCUCAAUAACGUGAAUGCCUCUGAUUAUGGGGCCCUGCUCAUGUUGCCAACUUUAAAAAGCCUUAAAAUAAACGGCUCUCAUAAUCCAGGUUCUCUUGUAGAACUUUUCGAAAAGUUCGCGUUGUGUCAGUCUUCGAUUUUAAUAAUAAAAACGAUUAACCCAUUUAUGGCUUAUGAUACCCUACGUUAUAGAGGCUGGCAGUUCAGACCUCCAAUGGUUCCAGUGAUUAACGCCCAAGAAACUAGAGCCCUGUCGACUUGUAGGAAAUUGAAAAAGUUAGUCUGUGGAUUCUCCGAUACCGAGAACAUAGAUCUUCUACAUAAUCUUUUAGAACUCGAAGAUCUAACCAUUACCAGUAAGCCAUCGAAAGGAUCACUACAGAAUCUUUUUUCCGCCCUGGCUUCAAGGGUACCCUUUUCAACCCUUCAAUAUUUUCGGCUUUGGGAAGGAGCGAUCAAUACUCAGGAGGCUAGGGAGCUGGCCCAAAUACGAUCUUUGGUGGAGUUGCAGUGCGGCUUUGACAACGCUGAAGACAUCGGGAAAUUCGCAGACCUAGCUAAAGAAAAUCUAAAGGUGCUUAGCAUUACCUCGCUACAAGACUUCCACGAAACUUCGCAUGGUAUACUCAAAGUUUUACAGGCCUCCGAAAGCGAAAUGUUCUUCUCCACCAGGGACAUUAUAAUAAAGUCUGACCGCUGUCUAAAUUUCCUAGGCCUCCAAAUGAGUAUUACCGAAAGAUACACAGAUGAUAGCUUGCUAGUUGCCCUGGCCAAUGUUGAGUGGGUAGAAAACCUUGGAAUAAGCAUUAAACGAGGCAAUUUAGGAAAACUAUUUAACGCCAUAGCAAUGAGAGAUAAUAACCGACUGAAGAAAAUUGUAAUAAGCGACGGGUCUCUCGAUUUUAAUGAGACCCUUGAAUUAGCCAAUAUGAAAUCUCUAAAAGAGUUUAAUGGCACAUUGACAGACGCACGGAGCAUCAAACACUUAAAGCAUUUAACUUACCUCGGACUUGGUAAUUCCUUUGGCAACAGUUUUCCAGAGAGUAUUGUUGACAUUUUUAAUUCUGUUAAGGAAGAAUUAACCAUAAGUCUGGGGGGAGAAGAAAUAAGUUUUAACCAGACUACUGGCCGGUUAACACUGUGUAACGCAUUUGCGAAACAUUCUCCCAAAAUGGCCAGAGACAUCACUCCACUAGCAAGCGUUAAGAACUUAAAGUCAGUUCGAAUUUCAGGAGCUAGAAAAGUUAGAUCACUCCAAUCUUUUUUGGCCCAACUAGCCACAAGGCAAAGUCCGUCUCUUCGCGAGGUGAUAAUGGAAACAAGAAAUGAUGAAAUUGAGUCUGGCGUUUUGAAGUUCAGCACUUUGGAGUUCAGGGAAGUGGCAUCCAUCAAGUCAAUAAGGACGCUUAAAUGCGGCUUUUCGGAAUCUAAGGACCUUGAAUUACUGGCUGGCUUACCGGAACUAAACUAUUUAGUUGUUGGCUUCGAUCAAGAGGAUGUUUUGAAAGGCCUCCUCAGGAAACUUUCAUUGAAUGACAUUCCAGUUCCAGACAAUUUGCCUGCUCAAGGCAUAGUGGGUUUUGAAAUACGAUUGCACCAAAUUUUUCUUAAGGAAAUGAUCAUUUUGAAGGAUAAGGGGAAUCCUUUCGUUGUGGAGCUGUUUAAGAUGUUGGCCUUGGUAAGCGGAUCAAACCUACAGAGUUUGAUACUCAAAGGUGCCCCCAUCACCCGGGAGGAAGCCGAAGAAAUUUCAAAAAUAAAGUCAUUGCAGAGACUUAUUUACAGAUUUGGAAAAUUAAAAGACAUUAGAGGUCUCUUGCGGUUAAAUGAAUUGACAACUCUCAUUAUUGGAUGCAGAAAUGCUCAUAUGGCAUAUCCUGAAGAGUACGAUGAGGUCGAAACUUUGAUGACUCGAAUUCCAGAGCACGUUUCGCGAGAUCUUCUGUCAUCACAUUUUAGGGGUCUCGUGGGCGUGGCUCAGCACUUGGACCGUCAAAGAUUGCUGAUUGAGUUGCCAAAAGAGGUGUGGUCCCUAAAAUUGAUAUUUGAACCAUUGCCUGCAGGUCUGACACACCAGCUCCAGGAACUGAUCAUAACCUACAGGUAUCUAGCUUUCGAAGAGGCCCAAAGGAUUGCUCAAAUCGCAUCAUUGAGAAGGCUUAGGUGUGGACUCCGAGAUGCCAUUAGCUUUACCGUUUUGUCAAACCUCACUCAACUUGAAUGCUUGGAAAUCAAGUCGUAUCCAAUGUUCAUGGACAUAUCUGAUUACCUGGUGCUAUGUUUCAAGGAAUGUCCGAAGCUCCAGUCCAUCGACUUGCACUUUAAUCCUCGAGUGCAGUUUAUCAGUGCUGAUUUUACGCAGCGCGCAAUCGAAGCACUGAAAUCAGUUCGAGAUCCAAAGCAUCGAAGUCCACUGAGGCUCAGCUGUUUCGUUAGUCAGGUUUUUAUUGAACCGAAAUAUUUCAGCGAUGAGCAGUAUUUAAAUCUAUCCAUUAAGGAAUACCAGGAAGAUAAGGUUCUAUGGAUAUAUUAUAAAGACCAUCAAUCUGUUUAAAAAUGUAUCAAAAUGUUAUAGCUUUUAGGGCUAAGAAAGAUACAUUAUUUGGAUAGAUGUAUUAUAAUACUAUGGUAUUUUCCAAUCGAAGUACAGAAUAGAUUAGAGAAGUGCAUGUUUGUUCACUUUGGACCCACACAUUACUUGAAAGUAGUCUUUUAACAUAUUUAUUCUUGAAUCUUCUUGAAUCAAACUAUUAUUUGGUUUUAUUUUUAUUUAUCAACGCUAGUAGAUAAACAUAUUUUACCUUAAGGUAAUAGUUGAAUCAUUACAUUCAUUGUCACCAGCAUAUAUAAUUAUACAUAUGUUUUUUUGCGAUUCUAAAAAAUGUUAAAAAUUGGUAAUGUUUUAUAUAUUUUAUAUAUUAUUCCUUUGUCUGCACAUUUGUGUGCGGUUCUGCCAGACUACUACGUAGUUAGCUCUGGGCUCUCGGGUAAUGAACAUCGGCCGAAAAUAAAAACUAAGGCACAUUUCUAGCAAGCACAGCAAUAAAUGGCAUAAUGAAGGAAUUAAUGAAUGGACGAGGACCAAGGAUGGGAGCAGAGGUGGUGGCAAGGGGGGACGAACUUAUGCAAAUGCAAAUGAAAAUUAAUUUAAUCCGCAGUACGAGUAAAUUUUCCAUUUUAAUUUAAUUACAUGGACACUGCCUACGUGAGCGACAGCUAACCAAAGACAGAAAAAAGAAAAUCAAAUAAAAAACGGACACUUUUAAGCAACCAUUUUUUUGCCACCAGCCGAGCUUUCUUUUUUGAGGUGGGCGGAUGGGUGGAUGGGCGGUGUCCUAACUAUGAAAUGCUCGUGUGUCCACUUAAAGCCAAUUGGCCAAUUAUUUUAAGCCGCAACGGUCAUUUAGCCCGGAUGCGGAAAUUAUGAAGGUUCCGACCUUGGGGCGUGGGGCAAUUAAUUAGGGCGAUUUUCGUAAGUCCUUGCUUAUGAAAUUAAAAUGCAAUUUUCAUUAAAAUUGCGCAUCGUUGUCCCCAGCAUCGUAGUCCCUCAACUGUGUCCGCCUUAUUUAAUUAUCCAUUUUGCCUACAAGAGCUCCUCGCUAAUAGCGAAAUAAGCCCGGACCGGACAGGCCAAAAAAGAAAUGAGCCCGUCAGACGGCCAGGGAAAAUCGGGACAUUGCCAACGGGCAGAUGAGGAGCAAGUCAAAAUAACAAAUUAAUUAGUAAAAAAGCAAUUAUUCCUUCUGCGUUUUUUGCGCUCUCGAAUCCAUUUGCAUUGAGCCCAAUUGAAUGGCAAAUUACAUUGCAAAGCAAGCCUGAAUAUUAACAGUGUAAAGGUCAGUAUAGACAGCUGAGAAAUAAAAGCUUAAUCCUCUAUAUUGUAUAUAGUACAGUAUAUUUUAAAUAUGUGACUUGCUAUAAAUCGUUGUACAUCUGUACUAGGUUUUUUUUUAUUGUCAUUUAG